AUGAUAAAUGAUAAAAGAAUAAUAACAGAGUGGGAUUGUACAGACUGGGACAAACUGGACUGGGAUAAACUGGAUUGGGAUAAACUGGACGGGCAACUCCCGCCUCUCCCGCGCUUCUCUCCAGCCAAUCAGAGGCGCCCCGGGAGGCAUGGAGCGGCCGCCCCCUCCCCCGCCGCCGCCGCCGCCGCCGCCGCUCCCCGGGACCCCCGGGACCCCCCCCGGGACCCCCGGGACCCCCGGGAGCCCCCCGGGCUCCGGCGGGUCCUGCGGGAGGCGCUGCAGAGAGCGGGGGAGGCGCUGGGAGAGGACGGAGGGCUCCGGGAGCUGCUGAGGCGGCGCAAGGAUAGCCUCGCGGGUCCCUGGAAGUGGCUCCUGUUCCACCGCCCGGUGCCGCCCCUGAUCCAGGACGGGCCCCAGUGUGGGCUGGUGGCCCUGGCCAUGGCGGGGGCUCUGCUGGGACCCCCCGGCCCCAAUUGGGUCUGGGGGCUCUGCUGGAGACGGCGCGGGCCAGGGGCUACACCCGCCAGGGGGAGAUGUUCUCAGCCGCCCACGUGCCCUCGCUGGCCCAGGAGCUGUUGCCGUGCCGGGCCGAGCUGCUCCAAGGGGGGGCUGGGGGGGCCCAACCGGGCCCGGCUCCUGCGGCACCUCCUGCGGGGGCGGCCCCUGCUCCUCCCC